CAUCGUGUUCAGCGCAAUCGCGCUUUGUUCCAACAUAACCUAACAAAUUUAUUAGAUUUGAGAAAUGGCUGACGAUAAAGAAGUCGAGAAAACUAUCGCAGAGGACUUGGUUGUUACCAAGUACAAAUUAGCGGGGCAAAUAGUAAAUCGUGUUCUUGAGCAAGUUAUCGCAAAAUGCGUACCUGACGCAUCCGCGCGAGAAAUAUGCGAAUUUGGUGAUAACUUGUUACUCGAAGAGACAUCAAAGGUAUUUAAGAAAGAGAAGGACUCCAAAAAAGGAAUUGCAUUUUCAACAUGUGUCUCAGUCAACAAUUGUAUAUGCCACUUUUCACCCAUCCCAAGUGAGACUGACUACAAACUAAAGCAAGGAGAUCUCGCUAAGAUUGACUUGGGUGCUCAUAUUGAUGGAUUCAUUGCUGUGGUGGCACACACUGUGGCUGUGGGUGGUGGGGAGGUGACUGGGCGUGCAGCAGAUGUUUUGCUAGCUGCUCACCUCGCCAGUGAAGCUGCCUUGAGAUUGCUUAAACCGGGAAAUGAAAAUUAUGCAGUGACAGAUGCAGUACAAAAAAUCUGUACUGAGUAUGGAUGUAAGCCCAUUGAGGGAAUGCUGUCUCACCAGCUGAAACAGUUUAGGAUUGAUGGAGAGAAGAGUAUCAUACAGAAUCCGUCAGAAGCACAGAGGAAGGAACAUGAGAAGGCAAAGUUUGAAACAUAUGAAGUUUAUGGGAUGGAUGUCCUGGUCUCUACAGGAGACGGUGUGGGGCGUGAGAUGGAUACAAGGUGUACAAUCUACAAAAAAACUGAUGAAACAUACCAACUGAAGCUUAAAGCUUCUAGAAUGUUUUAUAGUGAGGUUCGUAACAAACAUGGUACAAUGCCCUUCAAUCUAAGGAGUUUUGACAAAGAGACUAGUGCGAGAUUAGGUGUGGUAGAAUGUGUCAAUCAUAAACUAAUUGAGCCAUUCCAGGUAUUGUAUGAACGACCGGGUGAGUUAGUUGCCCAGUUUAAAUUUACUGCAUUGUUGUUGCCGAGUGGGACUCACCGUAUUACUGGCCUUCCAUUUGACAAGACUCAAUGCAAAACUGAGCGCUCUAUAAAAGAUCCUGAAAUUAAUGCCCUACUCAAUUCCUCAGCCAAGUCUAACAAGAAGAAGAAAAAGAAAUCUGGUGCUGAAGAACCAAUGGAAGUGGAAACUCCAGCGUCUUAACAUGCAUUAAAAACUGCAAUUUAUGUUGAUGUUGAAAGCAUUUGAAAUUUGAUUAAACUCAGGACUAAUCAAAUU